AUACAUGAUCAACGGAUAAAGAACUAAGUGUGUUGAAAAGAGCACUUAUUCUCAAAAUGUCAAAGCACAAAGUGCCCACGCUGACCGAGAGCCCAGGUGAACGGAGGUGUGGCUCGAGGGCUGCUCCCGUUGCCAUGCCGACAGAUGCCGGCGGCCCAGACUCACCCGGGGGGGAAGAGGUGCUGUUGGAGCAGGCUGGAGACGACGCCACGGACAGUUUCGAAGACGUGGGACAUUCGACGGAUGCCGGAGAGAUGCUGCAGCAGUACUUCGUUGGGGAGCUGCACGUGGAUAAACGUAAAAAGAGAAGUUCUAAGUCUGUUUUGAGCACGACCUCAGCGGAAAGCCAGUAAGUAAAGAACCUUGUCCAACUGAUAACAUAACUUUUGAAUAUUUGUGUAGAACAGCAUAAAAUGACAAAUGUGCAUGUUAAUAAUUGCUGUUUAUCCCAUCCACCCCUGUGCUGGAGCUCCUGGGCGUUGUGGCUCUUUCCUGCUCUGGCUGUGACUGCUGUUGCUUUUGUGUUGCGCUACUACAUGCUGGCGCACAAGUCCUCGUGAGCAUCAUCUUCAUCGCUGUCUCCAUGGAGAACAGACCAUCUCACAAGUCUUUGCUCUACCUGGACCUCUAUGCCUCCUGCUGGUUCACGUGCUGCUUGUUGCGGAGUGCGUGUUGUGUGUCUGUCCAGCCCAGGUGUGUGCACUGUAUGGCUGCCUCUCUUAUCACCUGCCCUCUUAGGUUGUUUGACUUCAUAAUUUCCAACCUAUUGUAUUACUGGCACAAUACUUCAUAUUUGGUGAGACUUUCAGUCUUUUGAUGUAUGUUUCUAAAGUUUUACAGAAUUUGGGAAUAUUGUUACUUCAGCAUAAAAGUUCCGAAAACAGAUGUUUCUGCCAUGUUGCGUAGUAUUUAAAGUGUUAAGAUAAUAAUGAAUAGGUUGCGAGUCUCAAGUCUGUGAACAUACAAACCAAGGAAGUUGGUUUGACUCGGUUCCUUUUUCAUUUAUACCGUAAGGACUUGUUUUACAUGUUGAAAUGAGUUACAUAUUUUUAUAUAACAUUUAAAGUGCAAUGGGAAAAACAAUGGUCCCUGCUCAUUGAGGUGUAGGUUCAUGCUGUAACUCGAGAGGUGCUAAAAAGCUGAGCCUUCACAGUACUGGGUUCUAAUGUGCUUUAGUGUCCCUAGUGUAUGUUAUGUUUCUGUACUCUAUAUGUCCAUUUAUCACUUUCAUUUUCCAUAUUAAUUGUGUUAGGUGUGGAUGCAAGAUGUCUUAAACAUUAAGAAAAGCAGGAUAUCAUGAUGACAGAAUUUUAGGAUUUGAAACAGUUAAGAUAUAUAGACAGGUACAUUUGUUGCUUUUUGAAAAAUGCAAUUAACUUUUUAUUUCAUUGUGGCUCUUUGAAACAUUUGAGAAUAGUAGGGAUAAAGGUGUCAUGUAAACUCUUGUACUGGAAGACUAUAUGGAAAAUGACAUUCAUCUGGUUUGUACAUGUUCUCUUAAGUAAUUGAAAAUUGAGCAUGAAAGGAAAAUGUCUUUAAACAGCCCACUUUUGUUGUAACAUAUAACAUUGCAUUUUAGCUAUUGCUAUGAAUGCCAUGAUGAUGACCAAUCUUCUAAAAAGUCUCAUUUUAAAUACUGUACAAAUGAUUUGAUGUUAGAACUGAGCGAAGCGCAGUUCUGUGUUAGAAUGUACAUGCUGCUGCACCUUGCACAUCCAUAAGGGCUGAAAAUUCAACAUUGACCAAUGUUUUACUAGUAUUAUUUUAAUUUUUCAAACGUCUCUUGUUCUUUCAUGAAUUGCAGGCUAUAUAUUUGACAAUCAGUAACUUUUUUUUUCCCCUGUUUCUGAUGUUUCCAUAUUUUA